AUGGAUGAGAGCAUUAUCUGUGCCGAGGAUUGCAUAGAUCUUGAUGAUGGACGUUCCAAGGCCACGGAGAAGAGCAAACAGACGAAUUCAAGUCCUUCAAAACGAAAUGGCAGGAAGAAGGGAGUAUCGAGUCUCAAUACAAGAGCACUCGAAUACCGGUCGAACAAUAAUACAAGACUAAGACCUCUGGCUCCAAUGCAUCGAAUAGGGAUUCCACGUGAACAGCAGGCUCAUCGAUUUGAGAGGCAGACAAUCGAUCGUAUAUGUCCUGGUCAAGCAACCUCUCGUCGAGCGUCCUUGCCGGAUAACUUGUUCUCCUCAGAAAUCAUGGGACAUUCGAUAUCAAAUCUUUCACCAGAGCACAAGGAAAACACAAAGGAUCUUGCUAAACUUCCAAGGAACCCCCAACUAUACUCUGACAUGGGUCACUCGGUGCAGCACAUGAAGAAGGAAAUGAAACAGGAUGCCCCAUUUUCAGGGAUGAAGCCAGGUCAAGCUACUAUAAACUUGAUGAAAAGACCAGCCGAAAGCAGCAGUGCACCCCAGAAGAAGAGCCGCAAGACUAAAAGUCACAACGAUGUUGACGAAUCAGACGGUGAUGGCGAUUAUUGUUCUGGCAGCGGCGAGGUUGAAAAAAAGAAAGAAGAGACAUUUGCGUGUCCGUUCUACAGAAAGGACCCAGUCCGCUUUCUUGAGUGCAUAAAUCUCAGAAUGGUCACUAUAUCAAUCGUCAAGCAACACCUGAAGCGACGACAUGCAGCAAACUCACAUUGUUCCGUCUGCAGAAAAGGCUUCGCGUCGUCAAAGGUGUUCGAGGACCAUGUACGGGAAGGGAGCUGUUCUCGCAGUAAAAUAAGUAGCUUGGAUAGUAUCCCUCCUCAUAUCCUGGAUGCUCUCAAGCUUCGUUCCGACAGACGCAUUUCAUCCGCGGCUCAGUGGCACGAAAUCUGGGUACUUCUAUUUGGAGAGUCAGAUAGUACACCCAAGCCGCUUCUGGAUGGUGUUGUCAAAGAGAUGACGGGGAUAAUUCGCGAUAUCUGGAGUCAAGACGGCAACCAGAUUGUGUCAAACUAUGUCCAAGCACGAGGUAUACCAGUUAGCUCAGGACAACUGUUAUCUUUACUACCGGAGCUUCUCGAUAGAGUUGAGGAUCGAUUCGAAAGCAAGCCGCUGAAAGAUGAAUCUGACGAACAGCUUGCUGAUAUUAAAAGACCUCUGAUGGAAACCAACAUAGGAGCAAGAGACGACUCGCAGCAUGGCUCUGCCACUCUUGGCCACUGCCCAUAUCGUGGGUUUAAUGCGUCAGAUUUUGUCCCUAUCGCAACUUCAGCUUUCCUACCCAGCGAUCCUCUAAAGCCAAUGUCCGUCGCUGGAGACCCUUACGAUUCCCAAUCAGUAGGGGUGGCGUUCGAAUCAAGGGAGACUUGCUCUGAGUACGCCGCUACUAGCUUCCCAGCGUAUACGGAGCCAUUGCUCUGUAUGACAGUUUUGAAUCCUGCUGAUCAUCCCUAUGAUAUCUUCAAACGAGGUGCUUUAUCACAGAUGGCUGGGACAGGAACCCAUCAGAAUUGGCUUGGGCUCUCGGAUGACUAUUCUCUCAACUUCCUGGAAGAGUAA